AUAUCCUGUCCUGUCAAGUUGGUUGUCUAGUGCUAAAAUAUUUCAAUUGAAAAUGGCAGAGCCAUGCAAAGCAAGAGAGCCGAGAGUAAUUAAUAACGCUUUGAUAGAAAAAUGCAUAGAUUACCAAUACCCAAAAGGUGAAAUUGGACGACUAAUGCGAGAAGAAGGCAUUCCUAAAGAAGAAAUCGAAGAAAUCCGAUUCGAGUUCAUGAAUAUUUUGAAAAUUGAUCAUUUGUGGGUGUUGAAAUCCUUAACCAAACUCCAACUGAACAAUAACUUCAUCGAGAAAAUCGAAAAUUUGGAAACACUCGUGAAGCUUGAAGAAUUGGAUCUAUCCUUCAAUAAAAUUAACAAAAUCGAGAAUCUGGAUAAACUCGUCAACCUAAGAAAACUGAGCCUCUUCGAUAAUCUGCUGAAAAAAAUUGAAAACAUGGAUACGUUAACAAAAUUAACAAUAUUCACAAUAGGAAAAAAUAAAAUCGAUGACAUGAAGAACAUUCACUACCUCAGGAAAUUUUCCAAACUUACUUCUUUGAAUAUGGCUCACAAUCCUUGCGCGGAACAGAAAAAUUUCAGAAUAUACGUAGCAGCGUUUCUGCCACAGCUUGUUUAUUAUGAAUAUAAAAGGAUAGAGGAAACCGAGAGAGAAGAGGGUUUAGCAAUGUUUUCGAAGCAAUUGCAAAAUAUAGAAAAACUUGAGGAAGAAGAAAAUUCGAGGAUUGCCAUAACCGAAAAGCAAAGAAAGGAUGCUGAAUUACACUCCCUGAGUUUCGUGGAGUACCUCAAUUCUAGGUACCUCUUCGAUCUAUUAUUUGAUGGCGAUAUUGAAGGAGAAGCUCUCUUGGAAAUUGGCGACGAAAUCAAAGAUUUUCACAUGGAAUAUGAAGAACAAUUCAUAAACUUGUGUCAACAAGUAUUCGAAAUUGGCCAGAAACACUACAAAAUCCGCAUGGACGAAGUGAAUCUAUUUACGACUACUGUGGACAAGGCCAAGAAGGAGAACCAAGAAGAAAGCGUCAAUCAUAUGGAAGAGUUUAUGAAAAAAAAAUACGACGUGUUUGAUCAAUUGAACACCUUGACAAAACAUUUCGAAAACGACGUCAUAGAUAUUGACAAAUACAAAGAAAAAGUUGACGAAUAUUUUGUGAUGUUUAACGGUAUCAUCCACGAUACGUGGAAAAAGUUGAUGAAGUUGGAACUGCAACUCUUUGAACAGAUGGAAGAGGUUAACCAAAAUUUCGAACACGUUCUUGCCGACAUGAUAAACGCUUUCAUUGAAGAAGCUCAGGCGGUUUUUGCACAGAUUCGCGAGCAGGAAGUAAUUUAUACCGAAAAUAUAUCAGAUAUCAGUUCUAGGUAUUUAACACAGGCCAACAUGGGAGAAAUUACGGUACCAGAUGUCCUGAAAUCAAUCAUGUCGGACAAGGAAGCUUUGAACAAUGCCAUCGCUACCACCCAUGAUGCUCAUUUGCAAAUCAUCGAUAACAGAGAGGAUACUCUAGUUGAAAGGGCUAAACACUGGUUGGAAACCUUCACCAAGAACUUGACCAAAGACGAAAUCAAGAGGAACAGAGACAAGUUGCUUGAAAUCAACCAUUUUCUGGAUAUCCAAAGAGAAGAAUUUGAUGAACUAGCCGGGGACAACUAUUUAGAAAUCGGAGCUGAAGACAGUGAAUUUAAUUUUUAGUUUUCAUUAAAUAAAAUAUAUUACACAA